UGCAUGAAACUGAAUCUCAGUCUGCUGCAAAUCCAAACUUCUAUUUGCAGGUAUAAUAAUAAUAAUAAUAAUAAUAAUAAUAAUAAUAAUAAUAAUAUUAAAGCUAAAUGUUUUUCCAUGAUUUAGGGGAACAACUAUGGAGAACCAAAACUGACAUAAUUAAGAAUAAAAGCAGAAAUUAAAACAUUUUAUUUUCACAUUUUCUUUAGCAUUUUCCUCAUACAGGCAUUUUUGAGAAGAAAUGUAUAAAUAUUUUGUUUUUCCUGUUCUUAUGCAUUUUCAUAAUGAAUGAAUGAAUGAGAGGCUCCAGGCUCCAGGCUUCAGGUUCUGCUGGUUGGUCGGUUUGGAUCUCUGCUCGGCUUCAGGCCAGCAGUUCAUCAGGGAGCAGAACUUUUAUAACUCGUUUUAUUAUUUUUCAUGUGGACGCUCAGGCAGAACAUGUUUCCUUAGCGGUUCUCCGUUUGGUUCUUCAUAGUUUGGACCAGCGGCUGCCUGGCCUGGAGUCCAGAACCAGCUGGUUCUGAAGGUCCAGAACCUGCUGGAUACAUGGACCAUCUUGAACACCUUCAUCUCAUCCUGAUCCCUGCUGGAUCAUUUUAUUCUCUCUUCCUCCAAACGUUUCAUGGUUCUGGUCCUGAAAUGUGGGCCUGCAUCCCGUCCUCUCCUCAGAACCUCCUCCGCUCCAGGAAUUAUCCGGUCCCACAGUCUCUCCUCUCAACAUGAUGAUGACCUGCAGCUGAUGUCUGGAGAGAAAGUUCAAGAUUUGAAUUUAAAUUAAAUAAAAAACAAACAUUUCAUUAAGACUUGUUGCUUUAUAUUUGCAUAAAUUAAUCAGAAAUAAAAAACAUAUUUCAGAAAACUUUAUUGUACAUUUUUCAGUAAGCAAUUAAUGAAUAAACUUAUAUUAUUUAAAGAUGGAUCAAAAGAUAGGAUUAGGGUAAUUAUUUAAUAAAUUAAAUAAUUAUUUCAUGUUAUUGUCUUUUGGCACUAUUUAUUCUCCAUAAGAGUCACGGCUGGAGAAACAGUUCAGCAUCAAGCCAGUUUGUCCCCAGUAUAGUUACUGGGAUAAAAACUAAACCAGUGAUAUAGUUUUAAUAGGCAUUAGAUAAACUGACAUCUUAGAUAAAUUUGCAUUUUCAAAGCUUAAAAUUAUUUUCUUUAUUAUAAAUAUAUUAUAAAAUAUUAAAUGUUAUUUUCUCUAAAUGAUUCUAAAACUAUAUUAAUGAGAUGCUGUGGAUAAAACAUAAAGUUAUUUUAAAAUGAGUUUUAUAGAUAUUUGGGUUUUGUUCUUGCAGUUGACCGGAUCAGCGCCGCAGCAGAACCCGGGCAGGACGCCUCUCUGCCGGGCAGAGCUGCAGACGGCAGGCCGGUGUCUCCGGUCACCGUCUGGACCUUCUGGACCGAACCAAACGGACCUGAUCGGACCUGGAGUCUGUUGAGAGGAAGCGUUUCUGCCCGCUGCUCGUGUCUCUCCCGGGUUUCAGUUUCUCAACCAGAAUUUUAUUCAAUCAACCAAAAGCAUAAAAAUCUCAACAUGAUCAUCAAAUUAUUCAGAAAACUGAUGCAGCUCCUGUUUUUAUACCUGUUUACGUCUGAACAUGUCCCACUCACACACACACACACACACCCACGCGACGUCACGCGGAUGUGACGUUGAGCGUACGGUGCGACGUCACAUCCGCAAGAGCGAAAUACGACUUCCUUGUUUCCGUUCAGAGUAAGCAUGACGGCUAGGAAAGACAAGGUGGUGUUCCAGAGGCAGAUGAAGCAGUACCAUGAGACCUGCUGCGUCCCUCAGUGCACAGCCUCUUCCAAAUACAACGGCCUCUUAAGUUUUCACGGAUUUCCAAGCGAUCCUGACUUAAGGAGGCAGUGGCUGGCUAACAUCCGGCGGGACAAGUUGAAGCUAACGCAGCACACCAAAGUGUGCAGCCUUCACUUCACUCCGGAUCAGCUUCUUCAGCCUAAAGCUGCCGGGGGCAGGCGAGUGGUGAGUAGAGGAGCCGUGCCGGUGCUGUUUUCCUGGAGCCACCGCAGCGUCCAGCCGCCCAGAGCCGGUCUGAGGAGGCCUGACAGCCGGGCAGCUGACCCCCCGGUGGGAUUCACCCACCUGGAUCAUGAUUACUGCUCUGUCCCAGAACCGGCCAACCUGGACGGGGCUGAAAAUGAAAACCAGAAAUUAAAAGAAGAUAUGAACGCCUUAAAGGAACAAGCUGGAGAACUGGAAAUCCCACCCAGCUUUGGAUUGCAAAGGUUCGCAGGAUCCGAUGACGACAUCCGGUUCUACACCAGAUUUGCGAGUUAUCGUCUCUUCCUGAUGUUUUGGAGGCUCAUUGAACCGUCUGUCCAUAAAAUGAUUCGUUCUUCAGGAGCCGCUGAGGGAAGCAGCGAAGCAGAAACUACCGUCAGAUCAACACACACGGGGGAUUCCUUGCAGCCCAUCGACGAGCUGCUCCUGUUCCAGAUGUACCUGGCUGCAGGUCUGAAGGAAGGAGACCUAGCAAACCGGUUCCAGAUUCAGCCUUCCACUGCAAGCCGCAUUAUUUGUUCGUGGGCUGAUUAUUUGUACUCUCUUCUGGGUUCUCUGUGUAUCUGGGCCGAUGCAGAUGCCGUCCGAGCUCAGCUCCCUGAGGACUUCAGAGAUUUUCCAGAUACUCAGGUGAUAGUUGGAAGCUCUGAGCUCAGAUGCCAAACUCCUGCUUCUGCUCUCCUCCAGACUGAGAUGUCCUCCAAGUCCAAGUGUCACUUCGUAAUGAGAGGACUGACGGGAACGGCCCCCCACGGUGCGGUGACCUUUGUGUCUUCACUCUAUGAGGGGUCAGUAAGUGACACAGAGCUGUUCAUGAGGUCGGGCUUGGCGGAUCGUCUUACUGAGGACAUGGCCGUAAUGGUGGAUGAAGGAUUCCUCGUCUCUGACUGUGUGAAGUGUAAAGUCUAUUGUCCACCUUUUCUCAGCACAAAACCACAGAUGACGUCUCCAAACGUCCUGCAGACUCAGAAAGUCGCCCGCCUGCGCGUUCACAUUGAACGGGUGACCCGAAGAGUUAAAGAAAACAAACUGUUUGAUUCUGUUAUCCCUUUAUCUAUGGCUGGAAACAUUAAUAAACUGUUUACAGUGGCCUGCCUGCUAGUCAACUACCAAAACAAGCCGCUCUAAAUAAAGGGAGCGGCUGUGUAGUUCUCAGAGGAGCAGAGCGUUUCCCAUCCUCAGGUGUUUCAACACUCCUGGUUCAGAAGUUCCCAGUAGAGCAAAGGCCUGUUAUUCGUCCGUUAACUGAAACCAGCAAGCAGCUGAAAAAGUGGAGAAAAGAGGAAACACAGACAGCAUGCAGGACAGUGAACCAAGUGAUCAUUCAUAAACAUGUAUAAUAUGUGUUUUUCCUUUCCUUGUUGAGGUUUUUUCUCAGAUUGAUGUAAUGAGAUAUUUCUGAAGCAUUUGAAUGUAUUUGAAUUUUCUUAUGUACUGAUUGCUUGUUAUCACAUUUCAUGAAUAAAUAUAAAGGCAAAAAACA